CACUUCCAAGUUCCAACCUCCAUCCCCAAACAAACUCACGCUUUUCAUCACUCUGCCUUUCCGCCAUGGUUCUCUCCAAAACCGCCUCCGAAUCCGACGUCUCUGUCCACUCAACCUUCGCUUCUCGCUAUGUCAGAACUUCACUUCCCAGGUUUAAGAUGCCGGAGGAGUCCAUACCGAAGGAGGCAGCGUACCAGAUCAUAAACGACGAGUUGAUGUUGGACGGGAAUCCGAGGCUGAACCUGGCGUCGUUUGUGACAACUUGGAUGGAACCUGAGUGUGAUAAACUCAUCAUGGCUUCCAUUAAUAAGAACUAUGUUGACAUGGACGAGUACCCUGUCACUACCGAGCUACAGAAUCGGUGUGUAAAUAUGAUAGCUCAUCUUUUCAAUGCACCAUUAGGAGAGUCUCAGGCUGCAGUUGGUGUUGGCACAGUUGGUUCAUCUGAGGCCAUAAUGUUGGCUGGAUUGGCAUUCAAAAGGAAGUGGCAGAACAGAAGGAAAGAAGAGGGAAAGCCUUAUGACAAACCCAACAUUGUCACUGGAGCCAACGUUCAGGUUUGCUGGGAGAAAUUUGCCAGGUACUUUGAGGUGGAGUUAAAGGAAGUUAAUUUGCGUGAUGGAUACUAUGUGAUGGACCCUGAAAAGGCCGUGGAAUUGGUGGAUGAGAACACUAUUUGUGUUGCUGCUAUCCUUGGUUCUACGCUAAAUGGAGAGUUUGAAGAUGUCAAACGCUUGAAUGAUCUCCUGGUUGAAAAGAAUAAGCAAACUGGAUGGAAGACUCCUAUUCAUGUGGAUGCAGCUAGUGGUGGGUUCAUUGCACCAUUUAUUUAUCCAGAGCUUGAGUGGGACUUUCGGUUACCGCUGGUGAAGAGCAUCAAUGUUAGUGGGCACAAGUAUGGUCUGGUCUAUGCUGGAAUCGGUUGGGUUAUUUGGAGAAGCAAGGAAGACUUGCCUGAGGAACUUAUCUUCCAUAUCAACUAUCUCGGUGCUGAUCAACCCACCUUUACCCUUAACUUCUCUAAAGGGUCUAGCCAAGUCAUUGCUCAAUACUACCAACUAAUUCGCCUUGGCUAUGAGGGAUAUAGAAACGUGAUGGAAAAUUGUAGAGACAACAUGAUAGUGCUGAAAGAGGGACUCGAGAAAACAGGGCGGUUUGACAUUGUGUCGAAAGAGAAUGGUGUGCCUUUGGUGGCUUUCACAUUGAAAGACCACACCCACUUUGAUGAGUUCCAAAUCUCUGAUCUGCUGAGGCGCUUUGGGUGGAUAGUGCCAGCAUACACCAUGCCCCCAGAUGCUCAACAUGUCACCGUGCUACGUGUUGUCAUCAGGGAGGACUUCUCAAGAACCCUCGCAGAGCGUCUUGUGGCUGAUGUGGAGAAGGUGCUGCAUGAGCUUGAUUCACUUCCAGCAAGGGUGAUAAGUAGCACCUCUGUCACAGUCAAUACAGAACAAAAUGGCAAGGUGGUGGUUGCCAAGAAGAGUGCUCUAGAGACACAGAGGGAAAUCACUGCGAUUUGGAAGAAGUUAGUGUUGGAGAGGAAGAAGCUGAAUGACAAGAUGAAUGGUGUGUGUUAGACUUAGCUUUGAUUGAAACAAGGGUGUGUUGUGCCAAUGCUUGCCGUAGUUUCUAUAUAUAUGAUAUUUUGGGCAGUAAGUACUUUUAUUUGAGUCAAGUCAUUUCUAUGAUUUAGCUGUUCAUUGAUGAGAGCAAAAAUUCAGGACGUGAUUAUUUGUAUCAUUAUGAUUCUCAAAAGACUAUUCAAAUCAAGUACUCUUUCCUGUUAAAUA